AUGGACAAUUUAAUAUUACUUCUUAAAAAUCUAUUUAUAUAAUAUGAAGUGAAAAUAGAUGAACAAGAAUUUAACAACUUAGAAAAUGAAAUGAAUAAAGUGUUAAUCUAACAUAAAGAGAGAUCUCCAUUUAAGGAUAUUACAAAUAAUGAAAAACAAGCAGAAACAUAAUUAGAAGCAUAUGGAGAAACAAUAAUCAAAAGAAUUGAAAGUGUACGAAAACAAUCUAUAAAUAAUAUACUUUAAGAAGAAAGUUUCCCUCGAUCUUCCCAAUCAAUAGAAAAUAAUUAAAGAUAACAUUUACACUAUCAUUCUUAAUGA